CGAGGCUUGUACGCAAGGUUGCAAUAGGUGGUGGAUAACAGUGUGGAAAUUCAAACUGAAGUCUUCCGAGGCCCAUUCAGUUGAUGUUACUUCAGCACUGUCAGUGGUCCAGUAAACGUGAACGAGGGGUCUUAUCAGGAAUACCCUAAUAUUGAUUACUACUCAACGCAUUAAAUGAAACAUAUUUUCGUCUGAGCGUCCCCCGAAAUUUAAUACAAAAUGCCGGGAGUAGUCGAUUGGUAUAAUGACCUACAAAAUAAAGUUGAUCCACGAACCGCAGAUUGGUUUUUGGUCACAGGCCCUGGAACCGUCUUAAUUAUAAUCGCUUCAUAUGUUUACUUCAGUGCUUACGCUGGGCCUAGAUACAUGCGUGACAAAAAGCCAUACUCCUUAAAAAAUCUUUUAAUAGUUUAUAAUUUUAUACAAGUUAUCUUGAGUGCUGUGUUAGUCUACGAAGGACUUGUCAGCGGAUGGUGGGGUGAUUACAGCUUUGGAUGUCAAUCAGUUGAUCGAUCUCACAAUCCAAAAGCAUUACGGAUGGCACGUGCAGUAUGGUUAUACUACAUUUGCAAGCUAAUUGAGAUGAGUGACACGAUAUUCUUCGUACUCCGGAAAAAAAAUCGUCAAUUGUCUUUUCUUCACAUCUGGCACCACGGAAUAAUGACCCUAACGUCGUGGAUUGGAGUGCGAUUCUACCCUGGUGGCCAAUGUACUCUUCUAGGUCUCAUCAAUUCCUUCAUCCACAUAAUAAUGUACGGAUACUAUAUGCUGUCAGCUUUUGGUCCCCACAUGGAAAAAUAUUUGUGGUGGAAAAAGUACUUAACACGCUUACAGCUCGUACAAUUCUCGAUAAUCUUCGUUCAUAAUUUUCAACAUCUCUUCUUAGAUUGCAGUUUCCCUAAAAUUUUAUCUAUCCUCUUGAUGGUGAACUCCGGCUUUUUUAUUUAUUUAUUUGGCUCAUUCUACAUUAAGAAUUACUUCACAUCAGCGAAAGAAGUUAAAGUAGAAACUGCAACUACAAAGAGGAAAAUGUUUGUUGAUAAAUCAGAAUAGCCGAUCGAGUCAAUAUAUCACAUUUUUUUCUUCCAUCGAUUUACCUCCCAUCAUUGAUCAAUCGAUCACUUACCGGCGGAUUUAAAUUGAUUCCUGCAGUACCAUGUGUUCAUUUGAAAUGAGAAUGUAUUCAUUUUAUUUCGUGAAGUCAGAUCAAACUGGCGACUAAUUGGUUACAGAAGAAAAAAAAAUCCUAUUUCGAUUAUGGAUGAAUCGAUAAUGGUGAAAUCUAUUCUGAUGACAAUCUGCUCGAUAGGUCAUCGACCGAUAUAGAUAAGUCUCCUCGUUGUUCACCUUGAACCACUACAGAUAAUAAUGACAGUGCAUGGAAUAAAUAUCUGACAAUACAACGUACGCACUUUAAAUUUUUAUACUUACAACUAAUAGAUGAAAAUUAUUAUAAGUUAUCAUUUUCUACAUUUCUUGUUAUGAAAACCUGAACAAAAUGAAUGCCAUUAACUCAUAAUUUCAGUGAAACUAUAAAAGCACGGUUGUAGAAUAAGAUACGAAUGAAACAAUUUUCAACUGUGAA